AUGAGUUCCGGUGAUCAUGAACAACGUUUACCAAAAGAUGGUUUAAUUGUUCAAACAAUGUUACAAGAAAUGGGUAUUACAAAUUAUGAGCCAAAACUAAUACCAAUGGUUUUGGAUUUUAUGCACAAAUAUACAACAGACAUAUUAGAAGAAGCAAAACUAUUUUCAAUUCAUGCUGGAAGAAAACAAGUUGAGUUAGAUGAUAUUAAAUUGGCGUGUCAUAAUUGGGCAGAAGAACAUUCAACUAUGCCAUCAAAAGAGACAUUAAUUGAAUUAGCAAAAAAUAAAAAUCGUAAUCCAUUACCUGCAAUUCGAAAUUUUGUUGGUCCACGGUUACCACCAGAUCGUUUUUGUUUAUUAGCGCCAAAUUAUAAAUUGAAAGAUACUGAACAAAAUAAUCACGCGACAAAUGCAAAUGGUGCAGCAGUGUUAGAUAAUCAACAACAUAGAUCUGUUUCUUCGUCGUUUAAUGCAUCCAAUGUAUCACUUCAUUCUAUGAAUAAUGCAACAGCAUCGAAUGCAAAUUUCAUAGCAAGUGAUUUAUUUCCGACGAAACGAAAAAAGGUUGAUGAGGACGAUGAGGAUGAUGACUAUGAUAAUUAG